CAGAUGCAUGUAUUUGUCUUGUACACCAUGUUAUGAAAUGCAUGCGUUAGUUUUGCACACAUUUUCAUCAAAUGCAUGCGUUUAUGCAGUUGAAGCCAGUGAUAUUGCAGAGUACACUCAAAAAGCUGUUGAAAAGAAUGGCAUGGCAAGCAAGAUUACAGUGUUGAACGAUUUUGCUGAAAAUGCAAAAAUUGAAGAUGAUGUGGAUCUUAUUAUAUCUGAAUGGAUGGGUACCAUGCUAUUGUUUGAAAUGAUGAUAGAAUCAGUCUUAUCCAUGCGAGACCGCUUCAUGAAACCUGAGUUGACAAUAUGGCCGUCGUCUGCUAGCCUCUUUCUGGUGCCCUGCACGGCGCAAGCUCACUUCAACAGGAAGUUGGAAUUCUGGGACUGUCAGUAUGGUCUGGAUUUUUCCAGUUUUAAAACACUUGCUAAAGAAGACCUGCUGAGCAAACCUUAUCAUGACUAUGAACUUCCUUGUGGUGAUUGCCUUGCGAAAGGCCAGUCUGUUUUACGACUCGAUAUGAAGACAGUAACCAUAGAGAGCUUAGAGAAUAUAGUAUGUCAAUUUGAAUUCGUCAUUGACCAAGGGGAUACCAUGCACGGCUUCUGUACCUGGUUUGAAGUCGAGUUCUGUCCCUUGGGUGAAGACAUGGAUACUGUGAUACUCAACACUGGACCAGACAAUGAACUGACCCAUUGGAAGCAGAAUUUGUUCCUGUUAGACAGCCCGGUACAAGUAAAUGCUGGUGACGUAAUAUCCGGGACUCUUACGAUAUCUCGCAAUCCUGAAUACCGCAGACACCUAAGAGCUCUCUUUGAUUUCAAGGUCAUACCAGGAUCGGAGGAGAAAAGUAAAAGUGUUGACCCAAGUUCAGUACAGAAGAUGUUCUAUGUGUGGAGAUGAUGUCUUUGUCUUUGAAGCAUGGUUUAAAGACGCCGUUUCAAUAUUAAUAUAUAAUUUUCUUGCUGUGUGACUCUUUAUAUUGAGAUACCUUAAAACCUUGUCAAAUAACAAACUACAUGUUGAAUUAUUUUAUGACAAAUGCAUCAGGAAGUGAAAACAAGAAGUAUCCAUAAUGUUAGUGCCUACAUAAUAGUACUUGUGUAUAUUAGCGGUUGUGAUGUAAAAUUCCUACAACAUGGAUUAUACACUUAUACUAUUCGGUUUGUAAUUCAACAACAUUUAACGAACAUUGACUCAGCAACAAGACAAACAACCAAUAGCCAUGUAGAUGCUUUUGAAGGACUUCACCUCUUAUUUGAUGUUACAAACUGUGUAGUGUUCUAAAUAUUUAUGACAUGAAAGAUAUUUGUCAAGCGAGGACAUUCAGCAAUAUAUUUCUAAAUGUUACUACAUGUGCAUGUGAAUUGUGGCUCAGAAAGUAUUCCAGUGGAACAUGGUGUACAGUGAAAAGUCUCGUGUAUAUGGUAUUGCAGUAAUGUCAAGUUGGGCAACGAAAGAAAUCCAUCUCAAGGCGUGUGUCAUCGGAUUUUACUAUUCACAAAAGCCAUGCAGUAAGCUUAGUGACAACUUAUUAGCUACUUAUUUGAGACCGUAGAUCUGUGUUUUAUAUGAUAAUCAUCAUCAAUCCCUUGGACUGGUUUUGCUGUUUGGGAGAAAUGAGGGACAACGAUACAGAAAUCCUCCAUUUCCAUUAUUUUACAUUAUCCGUCCAGCUUUUCUUCUGACGGCCUUGGUGUCGAAUUCCCUCUAGCGUGCCAUGGAGAACAGUCUAGCAUAGAGAGUCGUGCCUGGUGACAUGUCCAAACUAAGCCAACUUUCGUUGUUUGACGGUCGCCAGUAGGGGCUUUUAUGGGCUAGUCAUGUUCCAGACGUACUUAUUUGUCUUUUGCUCCGUAUAGGAGAUGCGGAGCAUUUAUGGUAAAAUGCCUGUAUCCU